AUGGAAAUAAACAAUUGUGCUUCUUUGAAUCUGAAACUCAAGCACAGAGGAAAUUUAUAUCUCUUGUCUGUGCGCGCUGCUUCGGUAACGUGUUCAGCAACAAUGUGGGGUUGGUUCGAUCUCAGACAUGAAUCAAAUCAGCAAAUAAUGGUUUCUUAUCUCAAAAAGUCAUUAGCAACCUUGGCAGGAUUUGGUGAUGUCAGUCUACUACCUCCUGAAGAAUUUAUAUCUACAACAAAAUAUUCUACAAAUGAUGAUGAGGAUGAUUGUACAGGUUGCCUCAAUCCAUGUGUGGAACACAAAGAAUACCCUUCCUAUCUCAACAUUGACAUGGACUUUCCUAUCCUUGGCUCAGUUAAACCUUAUGGACGACACAUCAUCAUUGCAACUGGUGUAUCUGACUGGCCAAAAAAAAUUGAACACGUGGAGGGAACUUUUGCUCACAGUCUAAUUGAAGCUGAAGCGUGUAGCAAUAAAAAUGCUUGGAAAAAUCUUAUAACCAAUUCCUCUAUGGUGUCCACUUUCUCCACACUUCCCAACAGUUGUGACGUGUUAAUUUUCCCAGAUAACAUCAUUGUCUCCAAUGUGACAAACGAGAAAGCCUACGACUUUUACGGCCUUUUUCUAGCAAGCCCUUUGCCAACCAAAACCGAACCCGUUGAUAUUGAUUUAUUGAUGAAGGAUGAUCGAAUGGAGGAGAUGACUGUGACUCGUUGUCCCUACAAAAACUUACUUUUGAUAUGUUCCCAUAAGAAAAGAGAUAAGCGAUGUGGCAUUACCGCACCUAUCUUAGCACAAGAAUUUGACCAUGUGUUACGAGAGAAAAAUGCUUCUGAAUAUGAUGUUGCUGUUGCAAUGGUGAGCCAUAUAGGCGUGCCGUUCAUUAAUGGUUACUCUGUUACGAUAGGCCAUCAAGUUGCUGGCAAUGUUAUAUGUUAUGUUAACGAUGGGUCUCGUGGUAUAUGGUACGGAAGAGUAAAGGCUUGCCACUGUCGCUCAAUUGUUGAAGAAACAAUUAUGAAGGGAAAAGUUAUAAAAGAUAUAUACCGUGGGGCAAUGGAUAAUAGUUUUGAAAAGCGACAACAAAAGAAAACCCUGUUGAAAUGGUAA